AUGGAAGAAGAUCUCACCAAGAGGUGGGAGAGACUCCAACUGUCAACAGAGGAAACCAACAUGGUUAAAAUCACAGCAGAAGAAUCAAAAGAUACCAAGCUGAGAGGUAAGUGGUGCCUUGUGGGUAAGGUUCUGUCUGAAAAGGGAGUCAACAACGAACCAUUCAGAAUCACUAUGUCCCAAAUCUGGAGGCUAAAUGGCUGGGUCAAAUUCAAAUAUCUAAACGAACAAGUCUUCCUCAUUGAAUUCCAAUCAGAACAGGAUCUGAGAAAGGUCUUGGGAGGAAGACCAUGGGUUUUUGAUAGGAAUCUGCUCACAUUGCAGGAGGUUAAUGAAAAUGAAUCGAUAAAUGCUUUACAGUUUCGGUAUGAACCCUUCUGGGUACAAUGCCAUAAUUUUCCUCUAACUGCAAUGAAUGAGACCAUAGGAGAGAAAUCUGGAUCAUCAUUUGGCCAUGUUGUCUGGGUAGAAUCAGACUCUGAUGGCCUAGCUUUGGGCCGAUGCUUGUGA